AUUUUUUAAAAAAAUAAAUUCUUAAUUUAAAAAAAAAAUAAUAAAGAAAAUUGAAAAAAUUAAUUUUCAAAAAAAAAAAAAAAUUAUGAAUAAUACAACGGUGAAUUUUUGCCAAACAUUUUGUCCGCCAAAUAUAACAUUCAAUGAAAUAUGGAUUAAUCAUGGAAUGUCAAAAUGUUUUGUUGAUACAAUAACAGUGACAAUUAUUUCACUUUAUAUGUUAAUAUUUGGAACAAUACAAUUAUGGAUUUAUCGACAAUAUGGCACGGAAAUUGAUUUUAAUUCAAUACCAAAAAGUAAUUUAUAUAUAUUACAAAAAAUAUGCCUCUAUUUAGUGCCAAUUCUCAGUCUCACGAGAUUUAUUUUACAAGCGACUGUAUUGGAUGAUAAAACUGUUUACGGCUACAUGCUUUAUAAUACAAUUUUAACAAUAAUUGUUUAUCCGUAUUCGGUUUAUGUUUUACGUGUGGAACGUCAUAAAUUACUUCCAAGUGUACCACCACGUGGUCAUGGUUUAGUACUUUUAGGAUUUUGGACAUUAACAUUUUGCUUUGAAAAUUUGGUCUUUAUAAAUAUUGGCAAAAAUGAAUGGUGGUUUCAUUUAAAUACACUCACUGAUCAAAUAGAAAUGUCACUGUUUGUGCUUCGCUAUGUCAGUAGUCUUCUUAUUUUUGCAAUUGGUCUUCGUGCGCCAGGAAUUUUUGGUAAUGUUUGGCUUGAUUAUGAAAAUCUUCAAAAUCAACAACAUUCACGUAGUCAAUAUUAUCAAGGGCGACAAGAUGAUAAUACAUCGACAUGGAAAAAUGCAUGGUAUAAAUUAAAAACACUCGCACCAUUUUUAUGGCCAAAGAAAGAUUUUUUACUUCAAUUGCGUGUGAUUUUUUGCUUUGGCUUACUUGCAUUGGGACGAUUAAUUAAUCUUUAUGUGCCAAUUUAUAAUAAAAAAAUUGUCGAUAGCGUCACAUUUAUUCCACUUCAAUUUAGAUGGGAUCUGGUGUUAAUUUACGUUGGCUUUAAAUUUCUUCAAGGCGGCGGUACCGGUGGAAUGGGUUUUUUAAAUAAUUUACGUUCAUUUCUUUGGAUUCGCGUUCAACAAUAUACAUCACGAGAAGUUGAAGUCGAACUUUUUCGACAUUUGCAUAAUUUGAGUCUUCGAUGGCAUUUGGGACGUAAAACAGGUGAAGUUUUACGUGUCGUUGAUCGUGGCAAUGAUUCAAUAAAUAAUUUAUUAAAUUACAUUCUCUUUUCAAUUGUACCAACGAUCGUUGACAUUAUAAUUGCCGUGAUUUUUUUUAUUAGCGUUUUUAAUAAAUGGUUUGGCCUCAUUGUUUUUUCCACAAUGGUUCUUUAUAUCGUUGCAACAAUAUCAGUCACCGAAUGGCGAACAAAAUAUCAAAGACGAAUGAAUUUAGCUGAUAAUGCAAUGAAAACGCGUAGCGUUGAUAGUUUAUUAAAUUUUGAAACAGUAAAAUAUUAUGGAGCUGAAAAUUAUGAAGUUAAUUCAUAUAGAGAUGCAAUUAUUAAUUUUCAAAUUGAAGAAUGGAAAUCAAUGUUCACAUUAAAUAUUUUAAAUACAAUGCAAAAUAUUAUUAUUUGCAGUGGUUUACUCAUUGGUUCUCUUCUUUGUCUUCACAUGGUCGUUUCUGGAGAAGGAUUAACGAUCGGUGACUAUGUUUUGUUUGCCAGUUAUAUAAUUCAACUUUACGUUCCUCUCAAUUGGUUUGGCACUUAUUACAGAAUGAUACAAAAGAAUUUUGUCGAUAUGGAAAAUAUGUUUGAAUUAUUGCGCGAGGAAGAGGAAGUUAUCGAUGCACCAGGCGCUGGUCCAUUAAUUGUAAAACGUGGUGAAGUUGAAUUUUCAAAUGUCACAUUUGGCUAUAAUCAAGAGAGAAUUGUAUUGCGUAAUAUUAAUUUUAAUGUACCAUCGGGUAAAACAAUUGCAUUUGUUGGUCCAUCGGGCGCUGGUAAAUCAACAAUAAUGAGAUUAUUAUUUCGUUUUUACGAUAUUGAACAUGGUUCAAUUUCAAUUGAUGGACAAGAUUUGAAAACAGUCAAACAAGAUUCAUUACGUUCGGCAAUUGGAGUCGUUCCCCAGGACACUGUACUUUUUAAUAAUACAAUAAAAUAUAAUAUUCAAUAUGGAAGAAUUGAUGCGCCCGAUGUUGAUAUUAUUGCGGCUGCAAAAUAUGCGGAUAUUCACGAAAGAAUUUCAUCAUUUCCGGAAGGAUACGAAACGCAGGUUGGUGAGAGGGGUUUACGUUUAAGUGGUGGUGAAAAACAAAGAGUCGCUAUUGCAAGAACAAUAUUGAAAGCGCCAAAAAUUGUUCUUCUCGAUGAAGCGACAAGUGCAUUGGACACGGAAACUGAACGCAAUAUACAAUCGGCAUUAAAUCAAGUUUGCGCUAAUCGUACGACAAUUAUUGUUGCACAUCGUUUAUCAACAAUUAUUCAUGCCGAUGAAAUUCUUGUAUUAAAAGAAGGUGAAAUUGUUGAACGUGGCCGUCACGAUGAACUCAUUCAAUUUGAUGGUGUCUAUAAAAAAAUGUGGGAAUCACAAUUGAAAAAUAAUCAAGAUUCAUUAACGUCAACAAUUGAUAAUGAUAAUAAUGAUAAUGAUAAUAGUGAACAACAAAAUUUGAAUGAUAAAAAAUUAUUGUAAUUUUUUUCUCAUGUGGA